AUGGCCGAGGAUGAGGACAGCACGUCCAGCGACAGCACCGACGUUUUAAGUGAUAAAUUCGACUCGCUCAAAGCACUCUACUCGAGCAAGCUCCGCGUACCCGUACCCGAUGCGCCGCUCUUUGACAACAUCAACAAAUUCGAGUCCGUCGUUCUCAAGGGCAUCAAGCCGAGCGAUAAGCAGGCCAGCACCAGUCAAGCUUCCAAAGGGGUAAACAUCGAACCCACGGAGCGCUUCCCGUUUCUCAAAGAAACAGAAAAUACGAAAGGUAACGAGAGUAGGCGGCAGAGGUACGCCGAAAAAAAUGUCAUCAGCCGAAUGCAAAAGUACCUUGGACCCUUGGCAGUGCUUUAUCAGUACAUGGAGAAUAGAACGAGAGUAAAGGUCUACACAAGGAGUAUAAGCGGCAUUAGGGGUCACAUAGAGGCGUACGUCGCUGCCUUCGACAGACAUUGGAAUCUCGCGCUUGAGGAUUGCCUUGAGUCUUGGAGUAGAAAGAUAAAGCGGAAAGCGCCGGCUUCAGGUGGUUUGGUGGCCGAGAAAAAUUGCAAACCAGAACCAGAGUGCAAAUUAAUCGUAAAGCAAACAAAUGGAAAACUAGAAACCUUGGAGAGACACGUGCCGCAGUUGUUGAUAAGAGGCGAGCAAGUUGUUUUAAUUAGUAAAAUUGAUUGACAACAAGGCCUAUCGAAGUGUACAUACACGCCACACGUAAGAUAACUCAAGUCAGUUAUAGCACUGAUGUUAAGCAACUGCAUGGCAUCGACGUGUACUAUA